UUUGCGCCUCGAAAAAUGCAUCGGGAUGGAAUGCGCGCAUUUUUAAACGCGGUUGAAAUGUUGCGGCGCGAUGCAAAAAUUGGAUUCGUUUGUUUUAAUCGUUUUUAUCAUCUCCGGCAAUGCAUUGGAAAAGGUUGGCGGAAUAUCGUUUAGCCAGGACUGCGGGAGCGUCCCGAGCGAGACGGCGUGUGCGUGCGUGCGUGUGCGUGCGUGUGUGCGUGCGUGUGUGCACGUGCGCAAGCGAGCACCAUGCUACGCCCGUCUCAUCGCGUCCACGCGUGCCAGCGAAGGGCUCCGGGUCAUGGAUAAAUCAUUGUUUGAUUUGUCCCGUGGCUGCUCGCCGUGCGAUGAUGUCAUCGCCCCCCGACCGAGAUCGCACACGUGGGUUCGCGCAUCUGGCGCCCUCGCACCGGAGACGUUGACUCUCCGGCUACUGCUGCUGGCGCGACGAGAGGAGCGGCGACAGCGGACAGCGCCCGCGACCCCGAAGGUCGCGGGCGGGACGCCGCGGUCGUCGUUCAGCGUUGCCGCGGGAGCAAUCCCCCCUCCUGUGCACCCCUCCCCACUCCUGACGCGGCACACCCAGCGGGAAUCAUUGUGCGCGGGGUCAGGCCGCGGUCCUUUUACGUGUGGGUGGCACGGUCAGCCCCCGAUUGGGUCACUCUUGCAGAUGAGACCCUAUCCCUGACGUCUUGACUCCUCACCUGGUUAAAACUGAAUACACUGGAGACGCGAUUGUCCCGGGGUGACGGGGGAGCAGUGACGUCCCAGAGUAAGUCAUUCACAUCGCUGAACGGCUCGGCAUGGGAGUGCAGAGGCGGGGAGCGGCUUCUGCUUUCAGCGUGACCGCUUCAAGCUAUCGGUUUUACCUGCCCACGAGUCGCAGUCGCGACGGUGACAGCAGCGUGUGGCCCGAAACGCGGGGGGAGGGGGGCGGGGCGGUGAGCACGGAGCUAGCGCCCCCCUCCCCCCGCAGUGCUCGCGAGCCACUCUUUGGUGUUUGUGUCGCGAAGUAAGCGUGCGUCGUGCGUUGCCCGGGUCGUGUAGAUGCCCGCCCCGCCCGCCCCGUUGCUCGCAGCGUUCGCCUCGUCUCUCCGGCGCUGUUGCGUGGGCGAUUUUUAUGUUGGCAACGGGGGCACCAGCCAGACUCCGUCCCCCGUGGGUGGCUACCCCCCAAUGCGCUCGGUCAUUUUCGUCGUCCCCGGAAAAAUGAGAAACGAGGCAGCCAACGUCAAUUGACGCCUCCUGAAUUGGCUGUCCGUUGCAAGGAGAUUGUUUUCCAGCCUCAGCCGGACUAACUGUCGGACGCUCUGAAUAGCUGCACUGCUCUCUCAAUUCGGCUGACGCAUGGGGCAAUGCCGGUGGCCAAUUGAAAAUGCGUAACUCGACGCCGUAGAUGGCUGCCCCACCGAGGUGAAGUAUCAAUCUGCGAGGUCAAACAGUACCGUCACGUUUAACUACGCAACGGUCAUGGACCGGCAGGUUUGAAUGAUUGCGUUUGUUAAAGAAUCGAUUGCUUGCAAUGAUGUGCCUGCGGGUGCAUUCAGGCGAACUGAUCGCGUGAGACCGGACCGGUGCGAGUCGGCAGAAGCGACGGACGAGACGUUCGCACGUCUUGGGUCCCGGAAUGGAACGGCGACCCCCGAGUCAUGAACGCCGCCCUCCGCCACCACCACCUCGCCGCCGUGCCCCCCACCGCAAUACGCCCGACCGCACUGCGCCUCGCCACGCUGCCGCCCCCCCCCCCCCCACCGUUGCACUUCCUCGUAUCCGUGCGCGCACGAGCGCGUGUUUCAGAAUCGAUUAGUUUCCCAGUUUCUCGCUUUUGUUUAAAGCUCGACGGUCACCGACGCGCCGUGUCUAUCGGGCUCCCUCGCCGCCGCCUUCGCCCCGACGUGGCGUCGCGGUCGGCGCCGCCGUCAACGAUGGGGGUCGACGACGCGUCGCGGUUUCUUAGUUUGCGCCCAAGCGCGUAACGCGAUAGGCGCCGACGCUCGUCCUCCACGGCGCUGUCUCGCCGCUUGGACCCAGCAGUGGGACGGCGGCGUCGCGGCGGCGGCUGCGGCGGCGACCGUGCCAAGUUGACGUGUCGUUGACGUGUCGUGCUGCCGUCGGUAACUAUUCGCGCGGCCUAUUGGUGUUGUCUGCAUUAAUUUUUUUAUGGGGGGGUUGUGUUUGCUUUGGUAGCAUUAAUGCGAUUUAGGUGAUUUUUUUUUCUUUCCCAUUUCCACCGAAUAACUGAAUUAAUUUAGUGCGGUUGGGCAAAGGCGCGCGUUCACGUGCUUUUUGAGUCAUUUAAACCGAUCGCCAGUUCAUUUGGCAUCGUUGUAUACACGGUGUCGCCGAGUGUCGGCUCUGUCCGCAGUGUUCUCCGUAAUCAUCCGCAGCGGCCGUUGGUUUGAAUCGUCGACUCGCAAGCUCAACGUGCGUGCCCGUGUUUAAUCCACGAUCCUGAGGUGGCUGCGUUGCUGUUUGGGGCUCCGCGAGCCCUGUCACUGGCGGCGGCGGCGGCGGCGGCUCGCCGCGCAAUUCCCUGGCCGCUGGGUUCAACCGCUGUGUGCUUUGAAAAUGUGGAAAUAACCCGGCUGCUAAAAUUGCAACACAGGUCCGGCGGAGCGCGAGCGCGAGCUUUGACUGACAGAAAUAAAGAACAAAAAUAAGCUAGCCCGAAAAUGCCGAGCGCCGUCUUGUGGGUCGCGUUUGCGCGUCAAGUCGUCGCAAGCGGUGGGGGGGGGGGGGGGAGCUCGGUAAAAUGGAGCGAUGCGCCCUUGAGCCAAUAAUGGGGAAGAUGGCUGCGGCUCCAGCCAAUGACGAGAGAGGGCGGGCGUGCCGGCGGGAGGGAGGGGCGCGGUUCGCGUCGCGCAGUGGCGGCAGCGGCGGCGGCGGCGGCCCCCCCCCCUCCCCGUCCUCCGACAGCUGUGGUUCGGCCGUGACGCAGGAGCCAGGACGGAGGCCAUGUUUGUGCAGGGUCACGGAAAUUGACGCGGGCCCGUGAGAGCGGCCGUCUGCGCGUGCUCGCCCCGCCGCGUGGGCCGCACAGGAGGGCCCUCGAUGGCGCUGCCGGGCGCCGUGAUGGACGCGGAGCACCCGGGGGCCGUGCUGCGCCGCCUCGAUGAGCAACGCGGCCGCGGCACCUUCUGCGACGUCACCAUCAUCGUCGGCGACCACAAGUUCCGGGCGCACCGCAACGUUCUGGCCGCCUCCAGCCCCUACUUCAGCGAGCUGCUCUUCGCCAGGGGCGCGGAGAGCGGCGGCAACCGAGUGCUGGAGAUCUCCUUCGUGAGGGCCGAAGUGUUUGCCGAGAUCCUGAACUUCAUCUACAGCUCGAAGCUCAGCACGGAGCGCGGCGGCGCCGGCGGCCGUGACGCCGCCCUGUCGGAGCUCGUCAGCUCCGGGGAGAAACUGGGCAUGCGCUUCCUGGCUGGCCUGGAGAAAUCUCCGGGCUCCCCCGAGAGGCGCGAGACGCCGGUGCCGGCCCCGCUCGCCGCCGAGACGCCGGCGCCACGGCCGGCGCCCGGGGCGUUCGCCGUCAAGAAGGAGCUCUCGGAGAAAGAGGCGCCCGAGGCGAGCGACGGACCCCGAAUCCUGAGCUCCUACUCCAUCCCCCAGAUGGAGAAGGCGGCCGCGGCCGCCGCGGCGGCCAAGGCGGCGGUGCAGGAGGCGCGUUGGGAGAACUGCCCGGCGCCGGCGGCGGCGCCGGCUCCCGGAGAAGCCCCCGCGCCGCCCGCUACGCCGCCGAGCUGCUCCCUGUACGACGUGCACUCGGUGCUGGCGGACGCUUUCCUGAUGGCGCUGGAGCACUCGUAUGCCAUGCCACCCGAGCCCCUGCGGGCGAUGUUGAACGCGCGCUGCCAGGGCCGCCGGGGCACCGCCCCCCCGGGGAAGCCGUGUCGCGUCCCCGUCGCGACACGGCCGCUCUUCGGCUGCAGCCGCUGCCCACGGACGUUUGACGGCGCGGACAGCCUGCGGGUGCACGAGAGGAGCCACAGGAGCUUUCUGGUGCAGUGCGACCACUGCAGGAGGCCCUUCAUGAGCGAGCGGCUGCUCAGGGCCCACACGUGCCUCCUGCGGCCCCCGCCGCCGCCGCCGCCGCCGCCGCCGCCGCCCGUGAACGUCACGGCCGAAACGCCGUCAUCGUGCGCCGUCGUCAAACUCGUCCUGCCCGUCGCUCGGCCGCGCGUCGCCGGCCCCGUCGUCGCCGUCGCCGGGGACGACGGCGGCGGGCCUCCUCCGUGCGCGCGGUCCCCGGUGCCGGGCGCCGAGCGCGGUUACGGCGAGCCGGAGGCGGAGACCAGGGGAGUCUACAACAAGAGCGGGAGCAAGCCGGUGUUCUCCGGCACGCUUCGGCGCAGGCGCCCGUCGCUCGAGCCGGACCACUACGCGCGCGUGGUCGAAGGGCAGAUCCUCUACUUCUGCUCCGUGUGCGAACGCUCAUAUGUGCAGCUCACCAGCCUCAAGCGCCACUCGAACGUUCACUCGUGGACCAAGCAGUACCCGUGCCGCUACUGCGAGCGCGUUUUCGCGCUGGCCGAGUACCGCACCAAGCACGAGAUCUGGCACACGGGCGAGCGCCGCUACCAGUGCAUCUUCUGCAGCGAGGCCUUCCUCACGUACCACUUCCUCAAGACGCACCAGCGCACGCAGCACGGCGUCAACCCCUAUAAGACGGUGGGCGGUGGGAGUCCCGCGACCGUGGCCCAGGAUCCGCUCGUGCGCUUCUACCGCCUCUUGCCGCGUCAGGUGAACAAGCGCCUCUACAGGACCUACAGGAGCGUCGACUGCGGCGGACCGCGGGCCGCCGACGGCGUCGCGCCGCCCGCGGCGCCGCCCGCGGCGCCGCCCGCCGACGCCGACCUCAAGGUCGAGGAGGACUUGACCGGCGCCGGCGGCGGCGACGACGCGGACGACGCCGUGGACGGGCAGAUAACCGUGUCCAUCGCGGACGACCGGCCGGACGAGGAGCCCUACAGUCCCGAGCCGGACCUCCGUCCGCCGAAGAAGAGGGGCCGCAAACGGAUGAUGUGGCGCGCGGCGGGGGCGUCGCGAGUACGACGAGGACAGCGACAGCGACCAGGAGUGGAAGGACAGCAGCUGGAAGCCGUACUAUUCCUACAAACCCAAGCGCAAGGGCCCGCGUGGCCCGCGAGGGAGACGGCGCAGGCGGGGCUGGCGGGGGACGGCGACGCGUUCGGGGGCCUUUGGCUUCGGCGGCGAGGCCGAGAGUUCGGGCGGCGGCUCCGAGCCGGGCUACGCCACGCGGCGCCGGGCGGUGGAAGCGGAGGCGGCCGGCGCCGCCGCGGCAGGCCGGCCGGACGCCGCCGCGGAUUCCGCGGUGGGCUUCGGCGCCGCCGUUGCCGCUCGCGACGCGGAGCCGCGGGCCGCGCCGUGGGCAAGGGGGGGCGAAGGCGAGGGUCUCGCGGCCGGCGUGGAGCCGGAACCCCUUCGGCCGGUCUGCCUCUCGCGCGGCGACGGCGGCGGCGGCGGCGGCGCCGGCAGUCGAUGGUUUCCGGUCGAGAAUGCCACGCGCGACGAGGCGGACUCUGGGAAGGCUGGCGCCGCGCACGGCUUUUACACCGUGGACGGGAGGGGAGUGCGGAGGUCCGCGGAAGACAUCGCCAUCGCCGAAAAGCUGCUGCAGAUGGGGGAGCUCACGCCGCUCACGCCGCCGCCGCCACCGCCGCCGCCGCCUCCUGCGCCGAGGCCGGCCUACCUGGACCCGCAGGACAGGAACGACGUCCUGCUGGACUUGACGUUUGGCAAGCAUCGCGUCGCGCACUGCGACCCCGGCCCCGCCCGGCCGUUCUGGGCGGACGCGGGCAAUCCCAAACGCGCUUUCGAAACGCCGAACGACAACCUCGGCUAUUUCGGCGCCGUUGCCUCCGGCCGCGGGGAGGACGAGUGCCGCGGCCUUGACCUCAGCACGAGCAAGGAG